UCGCGGAGCAUGGCUGGAGGGCUCAGCGUCCCCGUUCGCGGGCGAGUCGCAGUGUCUACGAGGCGAGGAAGUCGCGUCGCCGCGCGCUCGACCCGCGCGUCCCGUCACGCGCGAGCAGCCGAAGGGGCGGACCCGCUCGCAUCGCGAGACGACGAGAAGAAUCACGCAUCGUCGGCGUCGAGGCGCGCGUUGCUCGCCGCGGUCGUGUCGGCGCCCGUGGCGGCGCCCGCACUCGCGGUAGACCUCGAGGCGCUCAACGAGGACAUCAUGCGCGUCGCCGACCCGGAGAGGUACUACAAGGACGCGUCAAAGGUGGAGCUCGAGCGCCAGCUGGGCGCACCCGGUUCGCCCGUCAACGCGCCGGGGACGGAGAAGGGCGAAGAUGGGGAACGGGACGUGGUGACCACGCCGUCGGGUCUGUCCUACGCCGACGUCGAGAUUGGCCGCGGCGAUGGGGUCAAGGUUGGGGACCUCAUCGUGGCCAACGUGGUGGGGUACACCCCUGACGGGAAGGUGUUUGAGAACACGUACGCCAGGAAAACGGCGCUGACGUUUCAGCUCGGCAUCCGGCCGCCCGGAGUGUGCGAGGGCUUGGAGGAGGGGAUUCGCACCAUGCGCGCGGGAGGUAAGAGGCUCAUCGCCGUGCCGGGCUCGCUCGGCUUCGGCGAGGCGGGAAUACGCGCUCCGCUGGGGAAGGUGCCCCCGAACAGCGCGCUCAGGUACGAGGUGGAGCUGAUGCGAUGCGUCACCGACAGCUUUGUCGCCGACUCGGCGUCACCCGCGGUGGACGACGACGACGCGACCGCGACCGCGACGGGGCGACGUCCCGAACGGAUAUGCUGCUCGGACGCGGCGUACCCGUGCGAUCCCGCGCGCGCGGCGGAGGAGGGAGGCAAGUCCGCGCCGAUGUUCGAUUAGGGAGUAUCAGGGAUUGGUAAACUUAAUUCAGUCAAACGCUU